AUGGACGCAAAAGACGCAAAAGGCAGUAAAGGGACUACUGCAGAUCCGACGACAGGCCAGACAGAUUACAAGGAUGCCGAGGAUGCCAAGAACACCACCUCCGCGGCCACCACCUCGCGCAUCGUAGCGGCAGCCGCUGAGCGCAAUCGCCUUGUCCAACAGGUCGCCGCCACACAACACGCCAAAGCGACCCUCGGCCAGCUCGCGCCGCAGAUUACCGACCUCACGAACAAGGGCUUCGAUGCCUCGCAGCUCGUGGCGACGCUGCUGGCCCAGCUGCGCGACCAGCGGGCCGCGCUCGACAAGCACCAAAAGAGAGCGGGCAGCUCCGUGUCGAGGCUGUUCCAUCGGAGCGACCCCAAGGCGCUCGAGGCCGAGGAAGAUGCGUACUACGAGGCGGAGGCCUGGGCCGCCAAGGCCAGGGUCAAGCUGGGCCGCAUCGACGCCGACUUGGACGCCCUGAAACAGCAACGGGCCGACCUGCGCGCGCGUCACGACGAGCACACGGCCGCGCUGAAUGCGCUGGACGAGCUGUACGCCGGCGUGUUCGACGGGCCGUCGCCGGACGUCGGGGAGGGCGACGAGGACGCAUUCGAGGGCGCCGUGCAGGCCGCGCAGGCCGUCUACGAUGCCAUCCAGGCCCGUCUGGCCCAUGCCCUGGCCGUCGCCGGCCACCUGAACGCGGCCCGCGGCAGCGUCGUCGCCGCCUUGAACCACAUCGCGUCCGCCCUGCAGUACUCGCGGCAGGACAUUGUCGACUCCAACGGCGUGCACCACGGCUCCGCCGCGUCGGCCGCCAGCAUCGUGAACCCCCAUUUCUCGUCCGCCCGUGCCGACCGUCUCGAGCGCGAUCGUCUCAAGCUGGUGCCCGCCUGUCUCGCCGAGGCCGAGCACCAUCUCGCCCUCGCCAAGCAGAUGGACCCGGCCCAUCUGUCGCGGUUUCUGCUGCUGCCCCGCGUCCCCGUCGCCGGCGAGGGCCACAGCGUCGCCAACCUCCUCGACCAGGCCGUCAACACGCCCCUGACCGACUACCUGUUCCACAUGGAAAUCGAGGACACCCAAGAGGGCGUGCGUGCCUGCCUGGACGUCCUGGACCCAGAGGCCGAGCAGGCCGAGGCGCGCGUCGAGGCCAUCCGCCAGGAACGCGAGCCCGCCGAAGCCGCGCUCCUCGAGGGCCGGCGCCAGCUGCUCGACCUGCGGGUGGAGCUGUUUGAAAAGGUGCUGCGCGCGCGGGACGGCGAGAAAGAGGUAGAACCGCCUGCGUAUGGGUGA